GAGAGUCUCAGUUUGGCUCAAUAACGCCCUGUUUAUAAGCAUCAAAGGCAGAAAAGUGAAGGAAUUCUGCACAAGGUCGUUCCACUUGCAUGCUGCACUUAUUGAGUCACUGCAAACUGUUGUGCACUUUUACUUUAAGGACAUCAGAAUAGAGCAGCAAAGUCAUUCACUUUCGCACAGCCUUCGAAACAAGGCUAUUGUUGUUGUUGGAUAAGACAAAGAGAAAUCGAGAGAGGAAUGGAAGACAGAGAGGAGGAGAAAAAGACACCUAAUGACCUGCUUCACCACUUGAGAAGCAACCCCUCUGCAGGUUUCCAUUGCUAGCUGUGAUGAAGGAGAAGCCAGUAGAGAAGUGGAGAAUGUCAAUUAUGUACACCGACCAUUGAAGUACUCCUAUAGCUGGAAGGCAGUUCUCUCAUUGGAGCAUUAUUUCAUUUGGAACUUCAAGUUUACUGAGGAGUCACACCUCAAAAGCUAGGCAGGUCUACAGUUUCAAAAACAACUCUCCUUCAACAAGUGUUUCCAAGGAAAAUCUUAACCAUUUGUCCCUUCUGGCAUACCCUCUUCCAUUGAAAUCCAUGCAGAAUAGACCAGAAAUGGGCAGCAGUGAACCCCUUCCCAUUGCAGAAAAUGACAAGAAGAAAAAGAAGAAGCGGAAGGCCCGGGCAACUGAUUCCAUUCCAGGAAAGUUUGAAGAUAUGUACAAAUUGACUUCUGAAUUGCUUGGAGAAGGAGCCUAUGCCAAAGUCCAAGGCGCCAUAAGUCUGCAGAAUGGCAAAGAAUAUGCUGUCAAAAUCAUCGAAAAACAAGCAGGACAUAGUCGGAAUAGGGUAUUUCGGGAAGUAGAGACGCUCUAUCAGUGUCAAGGAAACAAGAACAUUUUGGAGCUGAUUGAAUUCUUCGAAGAUGACACAAGGUUUUACUUGGUCUUUGAGAAAUUGCAAGGAGGCUCCAUCCUGGCCCACAUCCAGAAGCGGAAGCACUUCAAUGAGCGAGAAGCCAGCCGAGUAGUGCGGGAUGUUGCCACUGCCCUUGACUUCCUGCACACCAAAGGCAUUGCUCACCGUGAUCUGAAGCCAGAAAAUAUAUUGUGUGAAUCUCCAGAAAAGGUGUCUCCAGUGAAAAUCUGUGACUUUGACUUGGGCAGCGGAGUGAAACUGAACAACUCCUGCACCCCCAUAACCACGCCAGAGCUGACAACACCAUGUGGUUCUGCAGAAUACAUGGCCCCCGAAGUGGUGGAGGUCUUCAGGGAUGAAGCCACCUUUUAUGACAAGCGAUGUGACCUGUGGAGCCUGGGUGUGGUCCUGUACAUCAUGCUGAGUGGAUACCCCCCCUUCAUAGGUCACUGUGGGACUGACUGUGGCUGGGACCGGGGCGAAGUCUGCAGAGUGUGCCAGAACAAGCUGUUUGAGAGCAUCCAGGAAGGAAAGUAUGAAUUUCCUGACAAGGACUGGGCACACAUCUCCAGUGAGGCCAAAGAUCUCAUCUCCAAGCUGCUGCUUCGAGAUGCCAAACAGAGACUGAGUGCCGCACAAGUUCUGCAGCACCCAUGGGUGCAAGGGCAAGCUCCAGAAAGGGGACUCCCCACGCCGCAAGUCCUCCAGAGAAAUAGCAGCACACUGGACCUGACGCUCUUUGCCGCUGAGGCCAUCGCCCUUAACCGCCAGCUGUCUCAGCAUGAGGAGAAUGAACUUGCAGAGGAGCCAGAGACACUGGCUGAGGGUCUCUGUUCUGUGAAGCUGUCCCCUCCCUCUAAGUCACGCCUGGCCCGCCGGAGGGCCCUGACCCAGGCAGGACGCAAUGGAGACAAGGCACCGAGUCAGAUACCUACAGCACUCUGACCCAGCCAUACCUUCCAGGUCCUGGAUCCCUACAAGCUUUGCCCCUCUGGAAAACCAUGCUGCCAAAAUUUGCCAAACAGGCAAAGGGGACCUCCACCUAGGCCUUUUCAUACACAGAGGUUCUGAGGUUCCCACCAAACCCCCCCCACCCCCCCACCCCCCCACACACACACACUUCCCCAGAGUCUGCAGGGAAAAAAUGCAUUUUCCAAAGGGGUUGUCUUUGAGAAAGAAAGCAGUCACUUGUCACUUUGCAUAAUUGCCUCCGGCAGGGACAUCUCUUUACUGGGCUCCUGCCCACCUGCUCGCCUGCCUGCAGAUCUGGGAUCCAGGCUGUACUCACACCAGCCAGCGAAGUGUGGUGGCUGGGGCUAUAGUCUUCAGGGAGCCAGAUUGAGAAGCAUCAGCUGGCAGAGGCCUCUUCCCUCUUAGCAGUGUCUCACCAACACACUCUCUCUCUUUCUCUCUCUCUCUCUCCCUGUCCCUCCCUCCCUCCCUCCCUCCCUCCUCGUCUCUCCACCUUCCUCUGUCCUCUGGAUGUCCUCCCCCUUGGCGGAACAAAGCCAUCCCCUCAAUUCAGAAGAGGGCAGGGAGUCUUCUGCAUUCUGGAAGCCAGAUCAGUCUUCCAGUCUGUAGCACAGAGAAGCACAUAAUCUUUCUUUGCCAUGCCCGAAACAUGUCCCUCAUUUAUCAUCCGUUUUCAUGUUUGGGAUUGCUACUAAAGCCAGUAUUAUUAUUUCUUUU